AUGAAGAAGUACAACGAGUCAAGCAAGUGUUUUGUUCUUUAUAAAGACUCCACAAAUAUACCAAAACUAUUGAAAGCAUCCUAUGCCAAAUUCUCCGUAUCUUACGGUGGUUAUCUACAUGAAAAACAUGUAACUGAAACUGAACUUGUUUAUAAUAAUGUUUCACCGAAUUAUACAACACGUCUUAAUUUAGAAUAUUGUUUUGAAGAGAAACAAAUUAUCACAACAGAAAUAUUUGAAUGUGAUCGUGAAGAUCGUGAGAAUUCCAUUCUUCUCGGUUACAUUCAAUGUACUGUUGGUCGUGUGAUACACAGUGGUGGUGAAUUAAUAUUACCAAUCAUAUGGAAUGAAGAUAUUCAAGUUGAUCGAAAUACAUCAACCGAUGUAGUUGUUUGCAUUCGAGAAGAUCCUUUCUCUAAAGAAAAUAUUUUUAUUAAAAUGAAUGGAGCAAAUUUGGACAAAAAAGACUUUUUUGGUAAAUCAGAUCCAUAUGUAAUUAUUUAUCGAAGAAAUGAACGAGGAAAAUUACAAAAAUGUUAUCGAAGUGAAGUGAUCAAGAAUACGUUAUUUCCAGACUGGAAACCCAUUCUAAUAUGUUUAGAUCGAUUAUGUGGUGGAAAUAUUGACUGUGAAUUAUAUUUUCGAUGCUUUGAUUGGGAUGGAGCUGUGGGUGAUUCAGAAGACGUUGAUACAGAAAUUGACGAUCCUCUUGGUAGAAGGUCUACGCCCAAAAAAUCUAUUGAGGAUAAUGUUAACUUCGAAAACAUAAAAAAAAUGUUUUUUGUACUCCCCACACAUAAAAAGCAAAAAUUAUAUAAUACACUAGGUACUCUUACUGUAAAAUUAUAUUUUGCUCAAUCGAAAUAUUCAUUUCUCGAUUAUAUAUUUGGCGGUCUCAGUAUAAAUGUUGUCGUAGCUGUCGAUAUGUCAACGCAUGCUUCAAUGACUUCAAUGAAAAAUACACCAAGUCAACAAAUAGAAUUAUCACAAUCUCAUACAGAAUAUGAAGUUGCCAUUCAAGCUGUCAUGGAAAUACUACAAGAAUAUGAUAGUGAUCAACUAUUUCCUGCUUUUGGAUUCGGUGCAAAAGUUUCAUCAGGUGGUAAAUUAUCGCACAGAUAUCCAUUGAAUGGUGAUGUGACCAAUUGUUAUUGUAAAGGUAUGGUCGGUGUACUUUCAGCUUAUCGACGUUGUUUAACUGAUUUAUACUCAUCUGGUCCAAUAUUAUUCGCACCGAUCAUACGUGAAGUUAGCGAAGCAGCUAAACAAAGUGAAGCAGCUGAAAAUUAUUAUGUUUUAUUAAUAUUAACUAAUGGUACUGUAGAUGAUUGGAUUGAAACUAAAAAAUCUGUAAUUGAAACUUCAUUUCUUCCUAUUUCAAUUAUUGUACUCGGUGUUGGUGGAGGAAAAUUUUCAGAAAUGGAAAUUUUAGAUCAAGAUUUUAGUUUAUUAAAAGUUGGUCAAGAACAAGCUUGCAGAGAUAAUGUACAAUUUGUACAAAUGAGACGAUUUUUACGAUUAGCUGCUGAUGGUUCAGACAGUAUUCGUUGGAGUAAAGUAGCAUUGGCUAAAGAAGUUUUAGCUGAAUUACCUUCACAGAUUUUAGAAUAUUUAGACAAAAAUCAUUUAAGUCCACAACAUCUUGUACCUAGACAAGCAGAAAAAUUAAAUGAUUUAACCAAUCCUGAUUGGUGGCGACGUUUUACCCAACCAUUAUCUGAAAAUCAAACUAGUUCAAUGAAUAAUUUCACAGAAAAUGACAAUAAUAAUAAUAAUAAUAAUGCUUUUCAACGUUUACAAUUAACUGAUAAAGAUAAUUAUCAAUCAACAACAUCAGCCGCAUCAUCAUCAUCAUCAAAUUUACCGCCGAUGAGUUCAACAUCUGCUGAGAAUAGCAGUAAUAACAACAACAGUAAUAAUUCUUCAACAUUGAAUGAAAUGAAAAGUUAUUCAAUGAAUCAACAACAAACAUCACCAAAAAAAUCAAUUUUACCAUUAUAUCGUCAAAUGUCAUUAGGUACAACAAAAUUAACAGAGAAUUAUCCAACAAAAACACGUUUUCGACGAUUACCUAGUGGAUUAGAUACAAAUAUCAAUACUAAUCGAAUUUCAUCCAGUCGAUCCAGUAAUACUAGUAGUAAUACUGGUGGUGGUAGCAGUUCAAAAUAG